GUCAAAAAUGACAACACCCUCAAAAACGUUAAAUCCCUUAGAUUAAAAUGUACAAAUUCUGAGCCCUCAAUAAGUAUGGACGGGGAGGAGAUAAACCACGUGGAAGUCAGCUACAAGCUUCUCCAGGACCACAUAAACAAGUUGACAGAAAAUCAGACAAACAUAAUUAGCAAAUUCGAAGUGCUGAACAAAAAUGUUGACGAACUUAGAAAGACUUUGGCACAGUUCUCGGACAAAAUCAACACAUUGGAAGAAGUUUCAAUGGAUAGGAAGAAACUUAAGAUUGAGAUCAAAAUCUUGAAGAACAGGAUAGACGAGUUGUAUGCGAUUGUGAAGGAAGGGAAGGAAGAUGAUUCUAAUCCUAGUGCUGACCCUCAAGAAGUGGAGUCUUGCCAUUCCGGCUUCUCUUGCUCUUCAAAGGUAUUACUUAUGACCCUAUUCAGAAGAAUUAUUUUUGAAUGCAAGUUGCAAAUGGGCGACGAGAUGUCUAAACGCAAGAAGUUCUUGUUUGUGACGUGGGUGGGGCCCAACGUGUCCGUCAUCAACCGCGCCAAGAUGUCCACCGACAAAGCCAUCAUCAAAGACAUCAUCUCUAGGUUGCAAAUGGGCGACGAGAUGUCUAAACGCAAGAAGUUCUUGUUCGUGACGUGGGUGGGGCCCAACGUGUCCGUCAUCAACCGCGCCAAGAUGUCCACCGACAAAGCCAUCAUCAAAGACAUCAUCUCUAAUUUUGCAGUGGAGUUACAAUUGGAAAAUCAAUCCGAAAUAGACAUCGAUCAAUUCAAGGACGCUCUGAAUAGGGCGGGAGGAGCAAACUAUGGUACUGGGGUCAGAGAUUUAUGAAUUGCACAAUAAAAUAUCCGCCUACGUUUUAAAAACAUAUCAAUACUUUGAUUUUAAGAGCUAUUCUGUAAUUUUUACUCACUUUAAAUGUUAGUGAAAAAUAACUAAGGAUAGCUAAUUAAAAUCAAAGUUAUGGUAAUUUUUAUAUUAAUUAGGCCACCAUCGGGCCAAAUUGUUUUUCUAUAAGUAGGUAUGUGCUUUUAUUUUUAAAUUUUUAUACUAGUGUGAUUAAGUUUUGCAUUGGUCAUUAUAAUUAUGCUGUUUCGAACGUAAAAUUAUCUAUUUAUUUUUUUUACAAAAUUGAUAUUUGAACUUAUUUUUUAUUUAGGGAAAUUGAAAAAUUUCUAUAAUUUAUUUUUUUAAAGUCAUUGUGCAAUUUAUACUCGUAAAUAUAACGUAAGGAUUUGCCAAAAAUCUUAAGUGAAUGUUGCCAUGUAUAGGGCGCGUUAAGUGCAUUUAUUUUUUUGUCUACCUGUAUUUUACUGUGACGAAAUUUUACAAUGUAUUGUAUACAAAAGUAUUUGGAUUUUAAACUGGCUUUUAUAUACAUUGACUAGUGUUAUACCCAGCAUUAUUGGUAAACGAAUUGAAGUAAAUACAUAAACAUUAACCAAACGAC